UGCAUCACCUGACCUGUCACUGUGAGAGCUGUGAGUCUAUAGCUGCUUUUGCCAAGCUUUGAGCUUUUCUUUCUACUACUAAACACUUUUCUAAAGUUUUGUGUCAAUGGCUGAGAGGCCGAGUGCUGCUCAAGAAGCUCUCUCCAAAGUGGAGGACCAGCUGUCAUGCCUAGUCUGUCUGGAGCCCUACACCAACCCUCGACUGCUCUCCUGUUUCCACGUCUACUGUCAACAUUGUCUCGAGGAUAUAGUUGCCCACAAUCGACAAGGCCAGCUGGAAUGCCCCAAGUGUCGCCGGCCCACCCCCCUACCCCCCACUGGUGUGAGUGGCCUCCAGGCUGCCUUCAAUGUACACCAUCUCUUUGACAUUCAGGAAACACUCAAGAAGGUGAAAGAGCCUCAGAAAUUGGCCUGUGAGAAAUGUGUGAAAACGACUCGUAAAGCCACCAGCUUUUGCCGACAAUGCACCAAGUUCAUCUGCGAGAAGUGUACUGAUAUGCACAAAGAAUGGGAGGAGUUUGAAGGUCAUGAAGUGGUUACUAUCAAAAAAAUUGAGGGAGAUUUGAUUCGCUUGGUCUCCCCAAAGAAGACGUCCCCUCGCUGCCCCAAACAUGACGACAACAUGAGACUUUAUUGUGAAACUUGUGGAGAGUUGAUUUGCCGAGAUUGUAUUGUUCAUAUACACAAAGACCACAAGUACUGUGUGAUUGCCGACACCUUUGAGAGCCACAAGAAAGAGAUCCUGGACUCCCUGGGACCCGUUGAGAAACAGCUAGAGGCCACCGACACAGCUCUCGUCAAUCUGGAUGGACGUCAUGCUGAAAUUGUUGAACACGGAGGAAAAGUUGCGACCAAUAUCCACUCGAAAUUCGAUGAACUCCAUCAAGCUCUGUAUGCUCGUGAGGGGGAGCUUAUGGCCGAGUUGGAAAGCCACACCCAACAACAGCUCAAGAGCCUCUCUGCUCAGCGAGAGGAGGUGGAGAUCCUCCAAACCCAACGUAGCAGCUGCCUGCAUUUCGUGAGGGAGAGCAUUCGUACCGGGUCUCCAGGAGACGUGCUCAAGAUGAAGCAAGGUGUGGUGAAGCAAGUGAGAGAGCUGGUGGACACCUUUUACCCCAACACCCUAGAGCCUCGUGAGACAACCAACACCUGUUUUGUGCCUUCUGCUCAGCUAGUCAAAGAUUGCAAGAAAUACGGUGCCUUGUGUUGUGUUAAUAUUCCUCAAAAAGCAAUCGCUGAUCAAAAAGUAACUGCAUAUUGUCGAUUCCUCUCCGCCAAAAAUUCAACACCGCCAGAACUCUGGGCAGUUAAGGCCUGGGUCAGGCACUUGCGCAGAGAAGCCAAACUUAUCUCGAAAAUAAUUGACAAAGCCACAAAAUGUGUUGUGAAGGAACGAGGGAAGGGAGAGUACGAGAUCUCCUACCAGCCGACAGUGGGCGGGGCCAGCGAGCUGAUUGUGAGAGUGGGUGGAGAGGAGGUGGCAGGAAGUCCAUUCCCUGUGGCAGUUAAGACUCCGAUCGAUAAACUAGGAACUGUUAUCAAGACUAUCAAUGAUCCCAAGUCACCUUAUGGAGUUGCACUCAACCUAGCUGGGGAGAUAAUUGUGGCUGAACAGGUUGCUGGUAUUGUCUCGAUAUUUAGCCCCACAGGAGACAAGCUGCGAACAUUAGACACUCGAGGCACAGCUGUUGGGGAGAUGAAGAAUCCUCGUGGUGUGUCAGUGGACGGUGAUGACAAUAUUCUGGUGGUGGACGCUGGUAAUAGUCGACUGUUGAAGUUCUCACGUGGAGGAGACCUGAUCCCAGCAGUUGGUAGUCAUGACGAUGGUGCUGGACAGUUUAACAAUCCGAUUGGUGUUUGUGUCAACAGUGUCAAUGGGAAGGUGUACGUGGUUGAGUAUGGUGCUGACUGUGUUCACAUCUUCAACUCUGACCUCACCUUCUCCAGCCAGUUCGGCAGUAAAGGCAGUGGUAAUGGACAGUUUAGUCUUCCCUGGGACGUUGCAUCCGAUCGUAGUGGUUGUGUGUAUGUGGUUGAUUAUUAUAAUUGUCGAGUGCAAGUCUUCACACCCGAUGGUGGCUAUCUGAAGCAGUUUGGGAAGAGAGGCAGUGGAAAUGGAGAACUUACCUACCCUGUCAGUAUCUGUGUGGACAGUGAUGAUCUGGUGUAUGUGGGGGAGCUUGGGAACGAUCGUGUCUCAGUGUUCACGUGUGAGGGAGUGUUUCUCAAGUCGUUUGGAUCAAAGGGAUCUGGACCAGGACAGUUUGAUUGUCCUUUUGGCAUAGCAGUAGACCAGUGUGGUGUGGUGUAUGUGUCUGAUUAUCGCAACAAUAGAGUGCAAAUAUUAUCCUAGUUUAUUUUUGUUAUUAAAUUUGGUUGAGUUAUUGUAACAUUGCUAAUGAAUAUUGAAAUUGAAACCAGUGAAUUCUUUGCCCAUGCUGUCCCUGUGUACGUGUGUACUGAGUCUCUCCUGUUAUAGUCGUACCUUUAGUAUCGUACCUCACCCUACCCCCCCUCC